UAUGAAAUGGGGCGAUGUCUCUCUAGAAGUUGAUCCGAGCUCCGGGCGUCAGUUCAUUACGUUGUCUAAGGAACGUCAGACGAAGACAAGGACUGGUGCUAAUGUUCGCGAUACCAGGGCAAAUCAGCCAAUAGCCUAUGAGAUACGUGAUGAUCCUCAACGUGAUCCUGUUCAUCUGUACAAAACAUUCCGCGACAGACGGCCUACUGACAUGUUGGUUGCAGACUCUCCAUUUUUCUUGAGUGUUUGUACACCAGCCCAAAAAGGCUGGUAUAAGAAAUCGGCAAUGGGAGUAAAUACGCUGUACAAUAUCAUGAAUGAGCUGAAAACAGAUGCAGGAAUUGAAGAGGCACGCAUAACACCAUACAGUGUGAGAAAACGCAUGGUGCAGAAGUUAAAUGAUGAAGGAGUCCCAGCUAAUCAAAUAGUUCAAAUUUCGGGCCAUAAAAACAUCAACAGCAUCAACAACUACAGCAAAUUGAACAACCAGCAGUCAAUGACCAUUUCUGACAUUUUGUCAGACUCGUCACGUCCAAACAGCAUCUUGCCUCGGGCUCCCGCUCGUCCUGCAAUGUCCACACACAAUUUCGGGGAUUCCUGUGAGAUGCCGAUGGGAAGAGGAUUUUUCAUGAACUCUCACUUUCAUGGAAACGUUGUGUUCAACUUCAAUCGAAAGGAACAAAACACGCUGUCUCAGCAGCAAGUCCAACAACACAGCCAUGUGCAUCAUGAUUCUUCCAGCCCUGACAUCGUGCGGCAAUCGUUCAAGAGGAUUAGAAUGAUCCCCAGUGACAGUGAUAGCGAUUAAGUUUGCUCAUCAACACUUAACACCAGUUAAAAUAAUCCUGUUUGUUGUUUAUCCACAGUUUGAAACACUCAUGUACUCAGUUGACAGUUUGUAAAAAUGGCGCACUGUAUGAAUGAAAAUGUCAAAAUUUGCGUAUUCCUACGACAUC